UCGACAGGACAGUCCCGUCCAACAUCCAGUGUUUGCAGGACGCUGGACAGAGGACCUUUCUCUGCUGGACUUAUGCUUCUCUUGUCAGCUGCUGUGUCGUCGGCUGACAGUUGCUAGGCAACCAUCAACUCGGCCUGCCACUGGUGUGUUCUCUGUGUGUCUUGUGUCGUGGUCACAACCCGCUGUCUGGUGUGUUCCAUGGAUAGAAAUUGUUUGGGUCGUGCUCACAGCUCGCUUCGUCCGUUUUAAGUUCUAGUCACUGGCUAGCAACUAGACUUGGAUGUGAAGGUCACAUGACAUCAAGAUGCUCCCGGUGUUUGUCCCCCCACUCCUAACACCAGGUCUAUCUUCCUACAUGGCCAUCGCCUGCGUCUACAGCGUUUUCCAAUACAGAAACAAAUUUCGUUGACGUCGUGUAGAGAUCUUGUGCUACACACACAGGCUGUGCUGGAGAAUUUUUUAGUGAUCAACAUUUAGACACCUUUUGGAUACACCAUCAGAAGACACCUUAGGGUGACGCCAUCGGGUGACACCAUCGGUUGACACCAUGGAGGUACUUCUACAAAACCCCGUGUUCCAAAUGAAGAUGAAAAGUUUAAGUCCAACAACAAGGCGAUGGUUUAUCGAGUCGCUGAUCGAUCUGUUCGAUCAAGAGUCAGAGUUUGUGAUCGACGUGAUCGAGGAUUGCAGGGAGGAGAUGAGAGAGACGGCAGACAGAUACAGAGAUGAGGCGGAACAGCUGAGGGCGGCGUCACGGCUGUUACAAGAAAAGCGAGAAUCUCCGGACCAAUCACCAAAGAGAUCAGUAUCACGUGUCUCUGCCCCAAGCCGGCUGUCGUACAGCAAAGAUCGCCGGACGCCGGAAGGCAUACCGGAGUCGGUGCUGGCCACCAGACUACGUCAAAGGCGUCGGCGGAUUAUGACGUCAGAUGAGGAUGGGUGUAGGUCUCCGUCAGAGGCCGACCUCGCCAGCAGGUGCGCCUCCUCCCUCAGUGUCCCGUCCCUCCCCGUCCUGGGCAACGGUCGCAUGACCACGCCCAGUGCGAGAACAACCCGAAGCCUACCUGUGACCCCCACAGUGCCGAUGACCCCCACACUGCCGAUGACCCCCACUAUCCCUGGUGAGGUGGACGAAGAGGAAAGAAACAAAAAAAUGCACGAAGAGAGCCGAGCCAUCCUACAAACUAUGAACACACGUGAGAGCCAGGCCGAGAGAGAACGGGAGAGGCAGCAGGAGCGGCUGGACAGGAUCAGACGACAGAAAAGGUUCCUGGCAGAGGACAGGACCCAGCAGGCCCUGCAGCUGCUGGAGAAAGCUCUAGAAAUGGACAGAGUGUUAAAUCAAGACAAGGAGCGGCAGGGCGUCCAGCUGAGGAGCAAGCUGGACGAGAUGAAGAGGAAACGUGGCCAGAAGCAGAACGUCGAGUACGUCGAGGUCAUCGAGCUGCAGGAAAAAUAGUGGGCUCACUGGACUAUUGACACGAUCAAUGGCUCGCUGGACUAUUGACACGAUCAAUGGCUCCCUGGACUAUUGACACAACCAAGGCCUCCUCUGCCAAAAUAUUUUCAUUCAUAACACCUUGUUGUUUUUUCUAUGACAUUGUUAAAUACUUUUUUUAUACCAGGUCAUAUUUGGGCCAUAUCAGAUAUCUUAACAAUACUGAGAAAGUGUUA